AUGGCCCCAACCAAGGAUGGGGCCGCCGUACUAGCCACCGCCUAUGACGACACGAGAGACAGCGGGUCUCGCUCGCCAGCCUCAGCGCCCUCUUCGCCUGACACGAGCAGCCUGCAGUCCGCUGAAUCGCCAUUGACUUUUUCGUCGCCGCUGGCCCUGGCCGAGCAGUCCUACACGCCGCUGUCUCUGACCAGCAGCGACUUCGCUUCCUCUCCCUUUCCCAUAUCCUGCCCGUCCUCCGCCUCCUCUUCGUCUGCCAGCAACAACAAAAAGAAGGACCGCUACUACCACAACAUUGCUGCUAUUGCUUUGCUGGCAGAAAACGACGACGACGACAACGACGACGCGGGACGACAGGGCCAUGCCGCAAACGAGAGCGGCCGACGCGACUCCAGCCAAACAAAUUUUGCGCCGACGCCACCGCAGCGACCACCACAUCCACCGCACCCGCACCCGCACCAGCACCAGCACCAGCACCAGCACCCGCACCAGCACUGGCAUCAGGCCAGCAAGAGUCGCAGCAGAGCUGGGGACCGGGCCACACCCAGCAAAAUGGCCGCCCAAUCGCCCCCAUCCCCAACGGCCGAUGCACCUCAAGGGGGUCGGGUUCAGGGUCGCGAUGCCCGGGCCUCGCCAAAAUGCCCCGAAAUGAAAAGUGACUCUACAAGCACAAGCAUCGGCAAGGAUGCAGAUAAUUCUUCAGAUCUGUCAACCACUGCUGCAUCACAAUCAAUAGGUGCUGCAAGCACGCCAACAGCCACGAUCGCAACGGAAAGCAAGUCGCCGAACCCGACGAUAUCGGCUGAAGCAACUUCAUCAGCAUUGUCGACAUCGACAUCAGCUCCACCCCUAUCGCAGGACCCUGCCAAAUCGGCAAGAGACGAGAAGAACUCAGAAACACCACAGAGCAGUCAGCAGCUGAACCCUUCAUCGCCUCGGCGGCCAAGCGCGCAUUCCAGUCGGCCAGCUCCCUCCUCCACAGGCGAUGCUCCCAAGGGGAAAGAUUCUCAGGCCAACGCGACACAUUCCAGCCAGACCUCAACAACGAUAAUACGCCCCAAAUUCCUCGGCCACGAGCCACAGCCGCAAGCUACCCAGGGGAAGCCGGCAUCUGAAAACCCUCCAGCAGCUGAUCCAGCAGCGGACGAUCACGACGCCCUCGGCCCUGAGCUCGUCAGGACCACCUCCUCCACGGCCAACACGCCCCUCAUCCAUCCCGUCCCCGACUUCGUCCCCAACGUCCGGGCCGGCGCCUUCCUCGGCAACAUCGCCCAGCUCGAAGACAUUGCCGAGCGCCUGUCUAUGACCAGCUCCAUCGAGGACGCGAUCCGAGAAGAGCACCGCGAGCUGAAGAGGAGCGACAGCCGGAGAUCGUCGAUCCUCGCCGCCAGCGUCAAGAACCUCCACCCCGACCCCGAUCCGCAAGAGACCUCCCCGACCUUCGCCAAGCCGACGUCCAUCAUCGACAUCAACUCGACCGCACGGUUAGGGGGCUACUCUCCCUCCGGGUUCGUCAUGUCUCCGGCUCACUCGCUGUCGAGCUCGAGGCUACGCUCGAGCAGCAAGGCCAGUGCCACCGGUCCCUUGUCCGUUAGUGGCGGUUCGGAUCGCGUGGUCUCCCCUGAGGAGGGUACCUCUCUCAUGUCUCGCCAUGGUCCAGGCAAAGCUUCGGUCAGGAGCGUGCACUCCAACAAGCCAAACCUACCCGAGAUUGUCGAAGACGAGCUCCCCGUCACGCUGACCCAGGACGCAUUGGACGAAGCCGACAGGGCCGAGGCCUCGGGUGAACAUCACGAUGAAGAUGAGACAUUGCGCAUCAACGCGUACCAGCAAAUAGAUAUGGACUUCAGCUCGGGCCUAGGUCUGGGCUUGGAUAUGGACCUGACGCCCAACGCCGAGUCCUGGCCCCAGCAGCCCAUGCUGGGACACAACAGCUACGACGUGUCGCCCAUGUCCUUUGACGACCAGCAGACCCCGCAACAACACACAUCCAACCCGAUGGAGUAUGCGAUGCACUACGAUGUGCCACAGCAGCAGCAGCAACGUCCGCAAGAUUACGAGCGACCCACCACCUCGGGGUCAGGCGACACCUACGAGCAGACCCAAAAUGCCUUUGGGGACUUUGACGGCGUCCACUGCGAUCCUGACAGGGCCGACAUGGCAGACCUGCCCGAUGUCUUGAUGGCGCAGUCUCAGGCUCAAGCACAGGCUCAGGACAAGCGAAUGUCUCGCCCGAUGCGCCCGGCUGCUCCUCGGCCCCAGUCGUACUUUGACAUGGACACGGGACAGCAGAUGCUGUACUACCCAGCUCGUGUCCCCGCCAUGCUGAACCUGCCGCCCAAGCUGUCCAGAAAGCCCAAGGCCGAUGAACGCAACGUCAGGCGAUCUCAGGUACUGAGCGCCAUGCCCAUGGCUUCUCGGGAAUCGCGCGUCUGGCUGCCUGAUCCCCUCGAGGGUUCCAUGGGAGGGCCUCUCAUCGAGCCGGAGGAAGAGCAGCACAAGGACGACGCCUCGGCGGAACCUUCGCCAGCUGCGCGGCCCGAGUCGCAAUUCCUCGAUCACGCAUCUCCCCGGGAGUCGGAGCCGUCGCCUGUCGUGGCCGAGGACGAGCCCCUCACCCAGGAGUUCCGCCGCCCGCAAAAGCUCGGCGACAAGCGCAAGUCGAAGAUGUCUACCAUGUCUGACAUCCCGGCCGCUCUGCGCGCCUCGGCCUACUUUGACCUGCCACCCGCUCCGCCCCAGAUCGAGAUCAAGAACGGGUCUGCCAUGGACACCCUCGACAGCAUCCUCAACGCGUCUGCCGCCGCGCCGGUCAGUGCGUUUACCGACCACGCUUUUGCCGGCAAGCUGGGCAAUGAAGUGUACGGUCUCGAGAAGAAGAGCAAGAAGAAGGCAGAGAAGGAGAAAGAGAAGGAGAAGGACAAGAACCAUCUGCGCGCCAGCUCGACCAACCCGCUCGGCGACGAGAAGAAGCGCGGCUCGUUCUUGUCUCUGAUGGGGCACACGAAGAAGAACAGUAUGUCUUCAGGCCAUCGGACCGUUAUUGCGGCGGACGGAGCUGUGGACGAGAGACAGCGGUUGUCUUCCCAAGUGGAUGGUGAUGUCCUGUCUCCUACCUUCAGCGAAGCUGCAGCUGGCGGUGCUCUCGCACCCGGAGAGGACGAGAGGGAGUCGUCCUCUGAGGAAGAAGAGGAGGAAGAGGAGGAGGACGACGAAAUGAUGUAUGAUGGCGCACCUACCACCCUCCUCGCCGAGUUGCAGAAACGCAAGCACCAGCAGAAGAUGCGCACUCGCCCUAUCAACAAGGCCUUCCCGAACGGCAUGCACUCGACCCUCCUGGAGCUCGACACCGUAGCCGAGAUCGAACGCAAGCAGCGCAAGGGCAAGCGCAUCAACCUCGCCUGGGAGGACCCCAACGCCAACCCGUACGCCGAAGGAGAGGACGACGAGGACGUCCCGCUCGGCAUGCUCUACGCCGCCAAGGCCGCGGGCAACAACGACAUCUCGGCCGUCGCGGCCGAGAUCAACCGGCCCCUGGGCCUGAUGGAGAAGAAGGAGCUCGAGGACAGCGAGCCCCUAAGCCGGAGGCGCGACCGGCUGCAGGGCCGCGACCCGGGGCCGAGCAUGUACCUCGGCAACGGGCUUGGGAUCAACAGCCUGCCCAACCGCCAGAGCAUGAUGACUCUCACGCCGACCAUCGCCGCGCUCAACAGGAACGGCGCGCUGGGCAACGGGCCGCAGGGAGGAGGAGCACCCACUGUCAUCGUCGAGCCCGAGGAGGAAGAGGUCGAGGGCGAGUCCCUCGCGGACCGCAUGCGCCGCCUCAGGGCCCGCGAAGAGGAAGACAGCCCCCUGCCGCUCGCACGGCCCGUCAGCCGCGCCUUCUCGGCCGAACUGCUCAGCCAGUUUGGGGACCCCGAGGAGGACAAGGCCAAGAGCGAAGCGGCUGCGGACAAGAACAAGACGAAGAAUGGCGCCGGCACGGGCGGCCAGCCCGAGGAGGAGGAGACGCUGGGCCAGCGGCGCAAGCGCCUGCAGGCCGAGAAGGAGGCGCGCGACCGCGAGAUGGGCGGGCUGGCCGUCAACGCGGGCGCGCUGCACGCGCUGACGGGGUCGGACCGCCUGUCGCGCCGCCUGUCGAUGGCGGACGUGCUGGGCGCGCACCCGGCCGACGACCCGAGGGGCGCCGUCGACCCCCGCGAGCAGGAGAGGCUCCGCCGCGAGGAGGCGGUCGCGCAGUCGGCGCGCGAGAAGCAGGAGCGCGUGCGGCUGGCGCGCCUGCAGGCGCAGCAGGAUGCCGCUGCGGCGGCGGCCAACAAACCUUCGGGCUUCAUGGGCGGGAGGUUCAAUGACGGCACGGGAGGCGGGUGGGGGGCCUCGGCGGGCGCGGUGAAUGGGGAUGGGCCUGGCUUCGGGCGGUGGGCUAGCCAGGCUGGCGGUACGCAGGGGACGAAUCUCGGCGGCGGCGGUGCUGGCGGUAUGAUGAAUGGCUUCAACCCGAGGCAGAGCGUCGCGAUGAGUGGGUAUGGUAUGCCUGUGCAGAUGCCGAUGCAGCAGCAGCAGAUGCAGAUGCCGAUGCAGUUUCAGCAGCCACAGCAGCAGCAGAUGAUGAUGGGCGGGAUGAAUGGGUAUGGGUACCCCGGCGGCGGCAUGAAUAUGGGCAUGAACAUGAACAUGAAUGGGGUGUACGGCGGGAUGGGCAUGGGUAUGGGCAUGGGCAUGGGCGGCGCGGGUAUGAUGCCUAUGCAGCCUUCGCAGGGCCAGCAGCUCGAUAGGGUUGAGCGGUGGAGGCAGGGGGUUCAGCCUUGA